AGUGUAGACGAAACGAAUUUGUAAUCGAAGCGUUAGGUGAAAACGCAAAUAUUUAAGUCUCCGUCGCUGUUGUAGGCUAUUAGUGUUUUAAAAUUGAAAGUGUAAAGGUAAGCCAAGUUACUUCAGUUGCACCACCCAUGGCUAUGUGUAUGCCACUACCUUAACUUAAGCAACUGGGUUUUGAUCUUGUGCGGUGCAUGUGAUGUGCUGAGUUGCAUAAUUUGCCCAGACAACCCGAAGAUUUGCCUUUUUGACAGUUUCCUUCCGCCUUCCGCACAUGUGGACAGCGAGCCAAAUAAAUAAAUCCAGUGGAGCAGUCUCGCCCUCAGUCUGGCUUGACCAAGGACCAGACAACAAGCGAACAGGUUUGCCAUGAAAGCUGGAUUCAGAGCUACCAUGCCUGCAUUAGUCGCCGUCGCCCUCCUAUUGGUUUUGAGUUGUACUCAUGUUUUCGCCUUGAAGUCACACCUUUUCAGGCAUAGAGUGGCUGCUCCCACAGACGUUGUCAUCAAUUAUGAAACCUACUACUUUGACCAAGAGAUCGACCAUUUUGGAUUCCUGGAGAAUGGCACUUUCAAGCAGAGAUAUUUGGUUGCAGGCCAGCACUGGAGGAAGGAUGACGGUCCCAUCCUCUUCUACACUGGCAAUGAAGGAGACAUCGCAUGGUUCUGUAACAACACUGGAUUUAUGUGGGAUGUGGCUGAAGAGCUGGGUGCCAUGUUGGUUUUCGCUGAGCACCGCUACUAUGGAGAAUCUAUGCCAUUUGGGGCUGAGUCUUACAGUGAUGCUAAGCAUCUGAACUACCUGAGCUCAGAACAGGCCCUGGCAGACUUCGCUGUGCUCAUAAAGUAUCUGAAGGCCAGCUGGUCUGGUGCUCAGAACAGCGCAGUGGUAGCUGUGGGAGGCUCGUAUGGGGGCAUGCUAGCUGCCUGGUUCAGGAUGAAGUAUCCUCAUGUUGUGGCUGGUGCCCUGGCUGCCUCUGCUCCCAUCUGGCAGUUCCCGGACAUGGUGCCCUGUGGCGUCUUCUACAAAAUAGUCUCCGAUGAUUUUGCUAAGAGCGGAGUGAACUGCCACGCCAAUAUCAGGAGGUCGUGGAAGGCUAUCGAUACAGCAGCCUCCACAGAGGAAGGCCUCCAGUGGCUCUCCAGAGAGUUCAGUCUCUGUGCUCCGCUCGCGAGGGCCGACGGCCUGAAGAGCUGGCUGCAGGAGACGUGGGUGAACUUGGCAAUGGUGGACUACCCGUACAAAGCCAACUUCCUGCAGCCCCUACCAGCCUGGCCUAUAAAGGUGGUUUGCCAGCGUCUCACGUUCAGCCCUGAGGUGCCCGAGAAGCAGCUUCUCCACGGCAUCGCCCAGGCGGCCAAGGUCUACUACAACUACACGGGAGACGCCGCCUGCCUCAACAUAUCCCAGUCCGCCACCGGCAACCUGGGCAUGAUGGGCUGGUUCUACCAGGCCUGUACAGAGAUGGUGAUGCCCAUGUGCUCAGAUGGCGUGCAGGACAUGUUUGAGCCACAGGAGUGGGACUUCCAGGCCUUCUCAGACGAAUGCUACGGCAUGUUUGGAGUGAGGCCGAGACCCGAUUGGGCAGAGGUCGUCUACGGAGGGAAAAACAUCUCCUCCCACAGCAACAUCAUCUUCAGUAACGGAGGCCUGGACCCCUGGUCCGGAGGCGGCGUGACGCAGAGCCUCUCCGACUCGCUGGUGGCCGUGUGGAUUCCGGACGGAGCGCACCACCUGGACCUGCGCUACAACAACGAGUACGACCCGAAGUCCGUGCUGGACGCGCGGCGGAAGGAGAUAGCCCUCAUCCAGCAGUGGAUCAAGCAGUGGGCCGCUCACGCUCACGCCCACGGCCAAGUAUGACCAGAUGUCCCCGGUGUCGGAGUCCAGACCCAACCUUCUGUGGUUCUGACCGAAGAAAACAGAUCAUCGUUUUUCAACGGCUUGAUGUUUACUUGAGACUGAUGCAGCUUAAAACCUCUUCACUGAUGCAGCUUACAAACCUUUUUUAUUUUUUAUUUUUAUUUUUCAAAAUCUAUGCGAUACAAUCAGGAACUGAACCAAAUAAAAAGGGAUCCGAUUUGAAGUUGUUUUCAGAAUUGCCAAACAACGAAUGAUGUAGUUCUGUAGCUUGCUUUGACAGAAGGGUAAAUGACAUAAUGAAACUAAUGCUUUAAGUGGACAUUUGAAUGAUUUGCUAUGAUUGGCGUGUUUGCCUGUGCCUUAAGUAGAUUAUAAUAACGAUCACAUGCAUCCAGAUGGCUUAACUGAAAAUAGAGAAUGAUGAAAAUGACUCAUUUGUGUCCUUAUUGAGGGCAAAGGUCUGAAUUGGUUUCUUUUCGCCCAAUGGUAUAAUUAUCAGGUAUUACGAAGCCUUUUUAUAGUUACAUUUCGGAUGUCAUGAUGCCAUUAUCACAGCCAGCUGUUUCUGUCAGCUGAAAGGCCAUUUCCAUCCAUACUGUGUAAUAAUCAGUGCCUACAUUAGGCUAAGAUGUCAUACUAGUACUGACGGGAAUUUCAGGAAGAACGUUGUGGUCAAACCAAAUGUAAAACACUAUUCUGUACACAUCUUCAGUACGAAAGGGCAGUGUUGAGUUAAUAUAUAAAAUGUUUGAAAACAAUCUUUGUUGAAUUGUAACUAAUGGCAACAGCUACUUUUGUGCUCCCCUCUGUACACAUUGCACUCUGGCCAGAGGAUUUUAAAGUGUUUUUUAGGGCUGGACCCAAAUGUCACAUAGCCAGAUUAUGUGGUACACACAGGCUAUUUUAAACCAGUGCUUUAGACCUUUUCAUUGAAUUAGUUAAUGACAAGUCAUUUGGGGCAAUCUCUUAGUGACGUAAUAUCGCAAAAUGUCAAGGAGUGACUAACUUUUCUGUCUUUGUUGCUGGAUAAAAAGCUGCCUAUUUUUACCCCAA